AUGAGUCUCAUUACAGUAGCUAUUCUGCUAUUGUUGACAGUAAAAUUCGCAAGCAGUCAAUCAUGCUCGUACAUGUGGGAUCCGGUAUUCGAAUCCGAUUCGGCCAAUCUUCCAACAAUGUGUCCGGUCAGUACUGCAAGUGGUUCAACGUGUGUUUUCCCGUUUAAUUACAACGGCGUGACGUAUACGACUUGUACCAUCAACGCUCCAAACAACGGUGACAGUCGACCUCAAUGUGCUACUGCAGUUAAUUCCAACAAUACUGCAGUUACAUGGUCCAAGUGUAUUGUACCAAAUGACGCUGUCGUCUAUUACGCAACUGUUCGUAAAGCGGGUGGUUGGGGACAGAACGGUGGUAGUACAGAGGGUGGUACUCUCAUCUGGGUCUAUGGUAAUCGAUUUGCAGAAAACAGCUUCAGCUCAGUUCCAUCAACAGCAAGCGCCAACACUAUUCAAUUGGUAGAUGGUUUUGCAGUCUACGAUUGUCAAAUGCAUAACGAUAAAACAACAAGCACACAAUUAACAUGCUAUACACCAGUUUUACCAGAAAGUGUCUAUCAAAUUCGAGUUUAUGUCAAUGGUAAUCUAAUUCCACUCUACCAAUACAGUGAUCCUAAUCGUGCUCUAUUCGCAUCAAUGCCAAUCCAAACACCAACAAUCACUGAUAUUGAACCUCAGUCAGGUACACCACAAUCGUUAGUUACACUAUUCGGUUCAUUCAGAACAUCAUGCUAUUCACGUGAUGUUGAUGGUUGUGCUCAAGAUAACAAUGCACUCAUCUCUCGUAUCUACAUCGGCGGUCAUUUGUGUAAUGUUAUCAAUCAAUCGAGUGGCCUAGUCUAUGCCGACGUUAAUAACACACAAUUGACAUGUAACUUCGAAGAUUCAGAAGUUGGUAUCUUCAAUAUCAGCAUGCUCGUUACAAACGAAUUUGGUCGUUCAUUAGUCAGUGCAAACUUAUAUCGUGUUUCGGCCGAUGAAAAAUUAUACAAUUUUCAAAGCUAUGCUAUUGUCUCGAGUGUAUCGCCAAGCUCAGGCAGCACAGCUGGUGGAACAACAUUAACAAUCACUGGUAAUUUCUUUAGUAACAGUGCAAGCUAUCCACUGACAGUCACUGUCGGCGGACAACCGUGUACAAUUGUAAGUUCAACACAAACAACUAUCCAAUGUCAAACAUCAGCAAUACCAUCAGGCAGCCAAAGCCGAUUCGAAGGUGGUCGUGGUUUACAACUUUAUGUAGCAUCUGGCUCCAACACUCAAGCGACACUAUCAAGUUCAAGUCCACCCUCACCCAGUGGCAAUGCAAAAUGGACUGACGAUGCUCUCUAUGUAUCAACAUCAGCAUCAGCAGAAACUGCUUGGCUCGUCGGCUACGUUCGUGUUGCAAAGACUGCAACAUAUACAUUUAUCUUAGAUACCAAUGGCGCAGCUGCUUUGUUCCUUAGCACAGAUGAUGAUCCAGCCAAUAAAGCACGCAUUGCCGAUGCCACAAGCACUCAAUCAUCUUCGAUUCAACUGAACAACAAUACCAACUAUUAUCUGUUUGCUGUCGGUUCUCGAUCAAGUGGAUAUCUACGAUUAGGAGUACAAGCACGAAUGCAUGAAACAAAACUAACAGCAGCCACAUCAAGUUUAGUAUUGAACGAAAUCCAACGUAUUACAGUCAAUUCUGGUGCUAAAUCAGAACAACAACGUAUUACUUAUACGAAUUCUGCGACAAAUGGUACUUCUGAAGUUCAAUCAGUUCAAGUUGAUUCUUCAACAUUCCAAAUUGGUUUCCGUGGUGUCUAUACAGCCAUUCAAACUGGUCGACCAACAGCUGCAACUAUUCAAGCAGCACUCAAUGAUUUACCAACAAUCUAUCCAUUAACAGUUACAGUUACAGCUACAAGUACACUCUAUAUAGUUACAUUCCCUGCUGUGAUGGGUAAUGUUCCUCUUCUGACAUGCAUCUCAUCGUCGGUCAAUACACCAAAUGUCACUGAAACAGUUCAAGGUGUUGAUUCUGGUGCCCAAAUUGCCUUUGCAUUAGAUGACCAACUCACCGAUUACAUCGAUUAUACGAAUGCAAACCUUAGUCAAUCAACUGUGAAACAAGCAUUCAAUAACUUGUUCAGUAUUCAAUGUCCACCAUCGAUAAGCAGUGCUGCAAAUUCACCAUCGGUGCUCUACUUAAACGAUUUCGAAUCCAACUGUGUCUAUGACGAAACACCGAUCACAGCAAAUGCAUUCUGUGGACAAUGUUCACAGAAUGGCAAUACACUAUUGAGCGGAAAUAGUUUAUCCGGAAACUACCUAUGCUUUGCAUACCGCCUACUCAACAACUACGUUACGUCCAUUGGUCUCGGUCUUCAAAUCAACGGUGAUGCAACAACAAUAGUAUGGGCAUCGGUACCCUUCUCGCCCAUCGCUGAUAAAUCCUGGCACUACACGUGUGUUGAUGUCGGUGGACAACUCGUUUCACAGGGAGCAAUCGACCCAUCAGCAUCAUAUGUUAUUGUAUACGCAGGGCUGGACAAAAACAUGAGAAAAGGAAUCUUUCUCGAUGUUGUCUCACUUCGAACAGCACUACCAGCUGGCUAUGAAGCGGCAAGCUCAUAUCCUAUUGAUCAAUCAGCGAAUUCAACAUGCAUCUUUCCAUUCACAUAUAAUGGACAACAAUAUUCAGCAUGCACAUUGAACAAUAAUAACAUUCCAGUUUGUGCUGAUAGCAACAAUGUCGUUUACACAUGUUCAAGUUCAUCGAUUGAAGGUGCUCGUCGACUUUUUCCAAAGCAUCAAGUUGUCUAUAACACCUUGCAAGUGACAUUCACACCAGGUAGCUCACAAAUUACAGCAAACUUUCGAUAUACUAACUGUGAAAAACCAAACUUACUCGUAUCAUGGCCAUCAUCAAGCGCAACAGUAACUCGUACAGUUACAGCAUCGCCAGCUGCAAAUGGUACAUUCGAUCUCGUUUUCAACGGACAAACAUAUGCAUCAAUACCAGUCGAUAUUCUACCAUCAGAUUUAGCUAAUCGUUUACAAUCAUCAUCCGAUUUCGGAUUUUUGAAUAUUCAACGUAUCAACGAUUGUACAGGUUAUUCAUAUUUGAUUGAAUGGAUUGCCAAUGGUGGACAAAAAACAUCCAUUACCGUUUCCAAUGCCGGUAGUGUCACACCAAGUGGUACAACAGUAACAGCAACCGGCGUACAAUCUGGUGGUGUUCUUUUCAAUCCAUUAACAGGAGAUCUAACAAGAACUUAUCAUACUACUCCUCAAGUCAUAGUUUCCGUCGGUGGUUCGAUUUCAGAUUGCGAUGGUGCAGCUACAUGUGAUUAUCAAUGGACAUCAAGUCAAACUCCAACAGUAACAUCAGUCGUACAAAGUGGUAUGACAGUAACAAUCACAGGUACCGGGUUCAGUACAACAACAAGUGACAACACAGUUAUUAUUGGUACAUCGGGCUCAUGCACAGUGACAGCUGCUUCAUCAACAUCUCUUACCUGUACGAUCGCCGCUGCUCCUGCAGGCACAUACGGCAUUCAAGUGAACGUUGCUAGCAAAGGUUUAGCAACAGGCACAUCAAGUUUUACAGUUGCUGUUUCACUCCAAGUUACAUCUAUCACACCAGUUCAAGGAGGCGCAGGUGGUGGUUAUUCGAUUAACAUUACUGGAACAGGCUUUUCAUCGACUUCGUCAGUAACGAUUGGCGGAAAUGAAUGCGCAAACCCCGUAGUGUCAGGAUUCGCGUUGAUAACAUGUACUGUUCCACCAACAGCUUCUGUCAGCAAUGCACAAGUAUCGGUUGUCGUCACAUCUGGCUCAUCAUCGUCAACGUCACCUACUCAAUUUGCUUACGAUGUUACCAAUACACCUUCAAUUACAUUAUCAAGCCCCAGUGUUGUCACCGUCGCCGGUGGUCAAUUGACAAUUACCGGUACAAACUUUGGUACUAGCUCAGUAGCAGUCUUUAUCGGCACAACGAAGGCAACUAUUCGAUCAUUAUCAUCAAGUCAAAUCAUUGCUGAUUUACCCUCAUUAGCAGCCGGUAUCUAUUCAGUUCGAGUUUCAACUGCAAAUGGAUAUGCACGUCCAGCCGUUCAAAUCGAAUAUCGUUUCUAUGUUCAAACUAUUUCACCACAAGUCGGCUCAUUAUAUGGUGGCAGUGAUGUCUAUGUACAAGGUCAAGGUUUUGAUAAUUCAACAACAGUUGCAUUCACUGAUGGUACUGACAACGUUGCAUGUGACAUCAAAUCAGUUCAAGCAGAUCAAAUCCACUGUCAAACAGAAGCUGCUGCACCUCGUAUAGUCAUCUCAGCCGAUGGUGUUGAUCCAACAUAUGGUGCUGGAUUUGCAUGGUCACCACAAUACGCAACUGUUCAACAAGGUGCUGUCGUCGAAUGGCAAUGGGGCUCAUCGGCACUUUUAUCAUCAUUAGCCUACAAAGUCGUACAGGUUUCCAAUGGUUAUUCAACAACUCCAUUGGCAGGCGGUUUCGAUUCUGGCAACACAUCAUCAUCAGGAUCAUACUCAUAUCAAUUUCAAACCGUCGGUACAUACUAUUAUUACACUCCACCUGUCGACCAGACUGGUUCAGCUUCUAUGCGAGGUGUCAUCAAUGUUGUAGCUGCUCAACCACGAACAUUAACCGUCAAAGUAUCAUCUAAUUCGUUUACUGCUCAAUCAUGUGCGUUCCCAUUCACAUUCAAUUCAGUUUCCUAUACAGCAUGCACCUCAGCCAAUGACACUCAAUCAUGGUGUUCACCAACGUCAACAUAUACCGGACAACGUCUCUAUUGUACACCAACAGCCUCGAUACCUACAUCAUCCUGUGGUGCAAAUUCAUUGAUCAAUCCAACAUCGUGUUCACAAACAGUUCCAUCGAAUAACUUAGACUUUUUGUUCACACCAUGUACCGUAGGCACUGUUACAUCGAUUUCACCUGUACAAGGUCCAGCAGGAACAUCAAUAACAAUUACUGGAACAGGUUUCAGCUCAACAUCAUGUGCUAACACAGUUCUCAUUGGAUCAUCCUAUGAAUGUCCAAUAACAAGCGCGUCAAGCACACAACUUGUCUGCCAAAUUGGUUCGAACUCACUAUUGAAUGCUAAAUCAGUUCAAAGCUUCAAUGUUGCAAGAGGCCGUCAAGGAUUCUUGAGCAACAAUGGACUCUUAAAAUUUCAAUUCCAAGCAAAAGUCACCAAUGUAUCCCCAGCACAAGGUUCAACUGCUGGAGGUACUCUUGUAACAAUCACUGGUGAUGGUUUCACACCAGCAGAUACACGUGUCAUUGUCGGAAGUAUUGAAUAUACAUCAACAGCAACAAUUACAUACUCACAAAUCCAAUUCGUCACUGAUGUUCCACCUUCAGCUUAUAUCAACCAAAACAUUCCUAUUCAAAUCUUAGUUGGAUUAAAUCAAGCUGUAUGCGCAUCAGGUUCGUGUACAUACAAAUGGGCACAAAGUGCAACACCAUCUCUUACAUCGGUCAAUCCAACAUCAAUUACUGGUCCGCAAACGUUAACUUUGAGCGGUCAAAACUUUGCAGCUGCAGGUUCAAUCUCAACAGCAAAUGUUAAUGUUACUGUCAAUGGCGUAGCAUGUACCGUAACAGCAGCUACCAAUUCAGCAAUCACAUGCAACAUUGGUAGUGUACCAGCUGGCAACUAUCCAAUUGCUGUUUCAAUCGAUGGUGUCGGAAAUGUAGUUUCAUCAGUAUCACUCACAUCGACUGCAGCUAUUUCGAGUAUUUCACCAUCAUCCGGCAGUCAAUACGGUGGUGUUCUUGUUCAAAUCAAUGGAAAUGGAUUCUCUGGCUCAGCUAAUAACACUCAAGUAACCAUUGGGUCAAGUGCAUGUACAAUCGUUCAAAUUACAUCAGGCCAAAUCCAAUGCAUAGCUCCAGCUCAAGGCUCAAGUCCAUCAGUAGCAACCGUUACUGUCGUUUCUAACGGUGUUAGCUUCCCAUCAUCAAGUUCGUUCACUUACAGUGCAGCUGCUACACCAACAAUUUCAUCUAUCAAUCCAACAUCAGGCUCUGCUGGUCAAACAUUGACAAUCACUGGUUCAAAUUUUGCUAGUGGCCAAACAACCAUCACAAUUGGUGGAACACCAUGUGCAAUUACUAGCAUUUCAUCAACAUCCAUUGUCUGCACAGUUGGUUCAAGUCCAGCUGGAAAUCAACCAGUCAUCGCUUCGAUCGUCACAUCCGGUCGAUCGGCUUCAUCGACUCAAUUUCAAUACGCUUUACAAGUCAGCGCUGCGUCACCGUCACGAGGUGGUUUCGGUGGUGGUCAAUCAGUAACUGUUAACGGUGAUGGAUUCAAUGGUUCAAGUAUCACUGUCACAAUCUGCAAUACUCCUUGCCAAUCGGUAUCCGUUCUGUCAAAUACUCAAUUGACCUGUGUCACACCAGCAGCAACAUAUCAGUCUUCUGAUAAAUCAUGUAAUUUAGCAGUUACAGUUGGCAGCUUAACACAAACUGUAUCGUAUGUUUAUCAAUCAAGUUUAACGGCAAUGGUUUCCGCUGUUAGUCCGAAACGAGGUGGAACUGGUGGUGGUACAACAUUAACAAUUACUGGUACAAAUUUUCCAACAUCAGCUAGCGGAGUUACAGUUAGCAUUGCUGGCUCACCAUGCUCUGUUCAAACAGCUUCAGCAACAUCAAUUACUUGUUUGACAGGUAGUUACGCUCAAACAACAGUUCAGGCGCCAGUCAUCGUCAAUGUUGUCAAUGGUGGUAACGCUAUCGGAUCAGAACAAUUCCAGUACAUUGAUCUUUGGUCAAGCCCAUGGACUUGGGGAGGAGAUUCACCACCUGAAGAAGGUACCAUUGUCUCGAUCGAUAGUGGCAAAACAGUUUAUUUCGAUACGACAACGCCUAUUCUCAAAGCUCUCAUUGUCGAUAACGCAUCAUUAAUUUUUGAUGAUAAUCAAGAUGUUGCAUUGAAUGCUGAAUACAUCUUAAUUGUCAAUGGUGGUCGUUUACAAGUUGGCACAGAAUCAGCUCCAUUCCAACACAAAGCCGUUAUUACUAUGCACGGUCAAUUACGAUCAAUUGAAUUACCAAUUUUUGGAGCGAAAGUGUUAGGUUUACGCGAAGGUACUAUCGACAUGCACGGCGCAAACAUGGUUCAGACAUGGACACGCUUAGCAUCUACAGCUGCUGCUGGUGCCUCCCAAAUCACUCUUCAACAAUCUGUCAACUGGCCAGUAGGUAGUCAAAUCGUUAUUGCCACAACUGGUGACCAUCUCAGUCAAGGAGAAACUGAAACACGUACCAUCACCGCUGUAUCAUCAAACGGACUUACCUUAACAUUGAACACACCAUUAGCAUAUAGCCAUUUGGGUGUAACAAAGAGUGUCGGUUCUACGUCUGUUGAAGCGCGCGCUGAAGUCGGUCUUCUAUCACACAAUGUCGUCUUUCAAGGAUCAGUCACAGAAACAUGGAAUGUAACAAUUGAAGCUUGUCCAACAGGCUUUAAUCCAGGUGAAUUCGCUGUUCAAACAUGCUUUCUCGGUCGAUAUGGACAAGAAAUUGGUUCCGAUCAAUUCGGUGCAACACUUAUGGUUAGUGCUAGUGAUGCCAGUACUGACGGCGUUCAAAAAGCCAUCGUUCGUUUGUCAAACAUUGAAGUAUUUAAUGCUGGUCAAGCAUUUCGACUUGGUCGCUAUCCAGUUCACUUUCACAUGAAUGGAAAUAUGAGUCAAUCGUACAUCAAAUCAUCGUCUAUCCAUCAAACAUUCAAUCGAGCUGUCAAUGUUCACGCUACCAACUAUUUAACUGUUGAAAAUAACGUUAUCUAUGAUAUUAUGGGUGGUGCUAUAUUCUUGGAAGAUGGUGUUGAAACUGGCAAUGCUCUACGUGGUAAUUUAGCCGUCUUCGUUCGCACCAGCUCAAGUUUACUCAACGAAGAUGUGACACCAGCUGCUUUCUGGGUCACCAAUCCAAACAAUAUCGUAGAACAUAAUGCUGUUGCUGGUGGUACACACUUUGGUUACUGGUAUCGAAUGCUUCGUACACCCGACGGUCCAUCAUUUGCCAUGUAUCCAAACACCUGCCCAUACCGUCAACAAUUCGGUCGUUUCUUCAACAACAGUGUCCACAGUGUCGGUCGUUUUGGUGUUUGGAUCUUUCCUGAAUACUCACCGACUGUUGCUGGCGAUUGCGGCAAUGAUGCACCAUAUCAAGCCGUAUUCGAUGGAUUAGUUUCAUGGAAAAACAAUCGUGGUUUUGAAUGGGUCAUGUCCAGCACUAUUCAAAUUCGCAAUGCUGUAGUAUUCGACAAUGCUGAUACUGGUCUUCGAUGUGUCACCGCCAUUAAUAAUCAAGCAACAAAUCUUCCAAAUCUUCGUGCUACAUUCUACAAUGAAAACGCUGGUUCAUCAGUUAUCAACUCAAUCGUCAUCGGUGAUUCACAAGUAUCAUCUACUCCAGUUGUACCAGGCGAAGGUGGUCUUGUUGUCAUGUGGGAUCGUGGUCUACGUGUACGAAACGUUUCAUUCAUUAACUACCCAAGUGCAAACACACAAGCUAUAUUUGGUCCAGUCAUCGCUGGCCGUUGUCUUAUUUAUUGUGGAGGUUGGUUAACAAAAUUCUCUCAAUUGAAAUUUACAAAUGUCUUGAAUCGUGGUAACUUCCGUUGGCCAUAUGAUGGUCUCUAUCAAGACGAAGAUGGUUCAUUGGCUAAUGUUGUUGGCGGUGUGAUUAUUUCACCUGACGGUCUCUGGAAUACAUCAACGGCAUGUACGAAGACACCCAACUUUCUCAAUGCUGUCACAUGUCCAUCAUCGUUGGGCACCUGGAUUCGAUUUGCUUUCAAUAACGCUAAUCUCGGUAAGAAUGCCGAAGUCUUGAAUGUUUACGAUGAUGCCAACCAUAACACUGUCGUUCUCAAUCUUAAAAAACGAUUAACACAUACAAACGGUUAUAUGAUGAACCUGUUAGCUAAAAAGACCUAUCUAUUUCAAUUCGAAAAUGCUAAUAGCACAGUCAAUUUAUCGUAUACUGGUGUUGCUUACAGCUUAGCACCUGGUGAUUAUCUUAUCAUUCGUCAUCAAGUCUCUUAUAUGCCCGACCAAGUUUCUGUUGUAUCGAAUACACUAGUCAAAGGAUCAAUCGCACCACUCACAUCUGCAAAUAACAAUGGGGAUUGGUAUUACGAUAACACUACAAGCGAAUUUUCAUACAUCGUUAAAAACCCAUCUACUAGUUCUGCACCAGCUGAUGUGUCUAUCUCACUGAACGUUGUUAAAUGCCGAUAUCCAAAUUGUGAAUAUCCAGCUCAACCAGGCCUUGAAUUGCCAGCUGUCGCUCGACCAGCAAGUGCUCUGUAUUGGUCAAAUGAUUCCGACUGGGCUUUUGCAUUACCAGGCUAUGGUGGAUAUGGAAGUGUGAAACCAGGUAAUGGUACAGACAUUUACAUUCCUCGUGGCGUAUGGCUUGUUGCCAACUAUCCGUUACCUCGUGUUCGAUCGUUACGUAUCGAUGGUGUUCUUGAAUUCGAACAAGGUAUCAAUAACAUUCUCUAUGUUGACAGUAUUCUCAUCAAUGGUGGUCAAUUGAUUGUCGGUUGGCCAAAUAAUCCACUUACAUCCAAUGUUGAUAUCAUCAUAACUGGUUCAUCAUCCGUCAACGUUUUAUUACCGAAUAAUGCUGGAUCACUUGGACCUCGAGUCAUCGGCGUUUUAGGUGGUCUUGAUCUUCAUGGAAUUUCACGAAAUGUUUCAUGGACACGUCUUGCAACGACAGCAUCUGCCGGUCAAAACUCGAUUACCUUAAGCGAACCAGUCGACUGGGUUGCUGGAGACGAAAUUCUUCUCACAACAACUGACACACGAAUUGAACAUACAGAACGAUUAACAAUUGCCAGCGUUAGUGGAAGUGGUACAGUAGUCACAUUGAAAACUGCUCUUGCUUACACGCACAUCGUUAUUAACAAUGUAUUUACCAAUGGUCAAACCUACCAUGUUGCCGGUGCUGUUGGUCUCUUGUCAAGAAAUGUCCGAGUUAUUAAUCAAAGUCCAGCUUCCGAAAAGAUGGGUUUCCGUGUACUUGUCACAGACUAUGCAACAGAUAUCGUUGACACUGUUACAAAUGAUAAUAUCUAUACAUACUACAAAGGUUAUGCACGAUUAUCGAAUACACAAUUCAUUGGCUUCGGUCAAUUUGUCGAUGCUCCCAACGAAGAUAAACGUGAAGCUAUUCACUUAUACAAUCUCGGUGAUUGGAAUGCAUCACGACCAACUUAUAUUGACUCAUGCUCGUUCGAUACUGGCUACUAUUCAGCAAUUGGUCUAUGGGAUUCGAAUGGUAUUCCUGUUACAAACAACGUUGUCUAUCGAACAUAUGAAUCAGCUAUUGUUGCUGCCGGCAAGAACAACAUCAUUCAGAAAAAUCUUGUAGUAAGUAACUAUUGGUCUGGUGAAGCUCAACCAGAAUACGCUGCAUUCAAUAUCAACAACGAUGGUGCUAUAAUGUCACGAGAUGCAGUCAGUGUUGUCAUGAAGGAUAACUUGGUCGUUGGUGCACAACGUCAAGCGUACCGUAUUCAAGGAAAUGCAUGUCCAGGCGUCGUUUUACCAACUGACAUUGUCAACGAUUACGAUAACAAUGAAGCUCAUUCAGUUAUGGCUGGUGUCAACAUGUGGCCACACGAUAAAGGCUUCGAUUACGAUACCGAUUGCGUUUUGAUCAAGGGUUUCAGCACCUACAAAGCAUGGUACUACGGUUUAUACAUCAACACUGAGCACAACAUUAUCGUCGACUCGUGCAAAGUAGCUGACAGCAGUGUCGGUAUUUUUACCUUCGUUCUUGGUCCACCAUCGACGUCACAUGAAUUUGGUAACAACUCAAUCACCAUCCGUAAUUCAGUAGUCAUCGGUGCUAUCACACAAAACGAUUGUAACGACACUCCAGAUCCAAAUACAUUGAGUGCCGUUAACAGUUUAACCGCAGUUCCUCGUGUAUCAGCAUCAUCAACAAAUGAUGGAAAUCCAGGUGGACGUACAGGUAUUUCGUUCCCAUACUUUUCACGUGACAAUAUGAUUCCACGCCAUCCGUAUACAAGUAUCGGUGCUUAUCCAUGCAUUGACGGUAUCAUGACCAUUACUAAUGUUACAUUUGCAUUCUUCAAUGAUGUUUGCUCACGUCGUGAUAUUGCUAUUCAAGUUUCACAAAACAAUGAUGAUGGUCAACACCCGGUUACAAUAACUAAAGCCUCGGUUUACAAUACAGCAACAUCCAAUUUAGUAUUUAACGGUCGACCGAAUCUUGAUGUUGUCGAUCCAAGCGAUUGUGUUGAUAUGGAUUGUGAUGGUCUGAAGAAAAGUUUACUCAUUGAUACAGAUGGUACAUUCUUUGGUCAACCAUCAACUGCUUUCUCGCAAGCCGAAUAUCUAUGGGGUAAUCAAGCUCAUGGCGUUGGUGAUUUCCGUAUUCCAAAGGUUGUAUUGGCUAAUCAAACUGGACAAAUGAUUAACAUCAAUACUCAAUAUCCAAAUCGUGGUAUUGGUCAUUCAUCGGCAUGUACUUAUCAAGCAUCCUACCAAAUGUACUUAUGUCCAAACGUUGUCGAUUAUCGUAUGUUAAUUAUUGAAAGCAUGGAUGCAGAUACCGAAACACGACGACUCUCGCCAGUUGCUGUUCUUUCUGAUAACGGUUAUAUUGAUCUUAUCAACGGUCCACAAGAUCACGGUUGGUGCAAUGGUUAUACAUGUCAAAAACGUGUGUCAACAUUUAUGGCAUUAGUCGAAGGAGGACACCAUUAUGAUAUUUAUCUAUCAAGUACAACACCCGAUCACAUGCGCUUCCGUUUACUCAAUGCUGAUUCAACAAUCGCCACUUCAUUAGGUCUCUAUUACACUUCAUUACAACAAAUCGAUGUUUACGCUAAUGAUGUUUAUGUUUCACCAACAAAUCGGGAUAAUACUUACUCAUACCUAAUGCUCACAGAUCAACCAUCGGGUGUCACCUUAGCGUCGGCAGCCGGCACAAAUUACUUCAAUAGAACAACACAGGUAGCAUCAUUCUUGAUCAAUGGUGCUACAGUCAUCGAUUUGAAGAUUUCGGAACUCAUCGUUCUUACCUUUGGUUUACCAGCUACUACACCAUCAGCAUUCUUUACAACAAAUCUAGUUAACAAUUUGGCUGCUUUACUCGGUGUUUCUGCUGAUAAGAUUCGACGUGUCAACAUCAUAUCGGCUAAUAACGAUACUCGUGUCCGUCGUCAAGCUGUUAAUGUUCAAACUAUCACCUUACGUGUUGAAAUUCGCAAUGAUCCACCACAAAUUUUAUCUGUCGGUAAUCAAACAUCGUCUGAUGAAAUCGCCAAUAUUACAUCAGCUAUCAUCAAUGGAUUCCAAUCAAAUGAAACACAACAAACAUGGGCAAAUCAUCCUUCAACCGGUGGUGCAUAUCCUCUGCAUCUCAGUGUUCAAGAACCACAAAGUCAAGAUACAGUCGCAUUAUCAGUCAUCAGUCAAUUGAAAUUAAUAACUUCGCCAUCAUCCUGUCGUUUACAAUCACCAUGUGAUGUUCAACCAAAACUUGUUGCGUAUGAUGCAUCAGGCAAAGUCAUCGACAAACUAGGCUCAACCGACCAACCAUGGCAAGUAACUGCUAUUGUUGUCGGUCAAUCAGGUAUCAAUCUCAUUGGUCCAGUUGCUAACUAUGUCAAUGGACAAGCAAAUUACACAAACUUCGGUAUAACAGCUACUGGUUCAUAUCGUAUUGAAUUUCGAUUCGUUACACCAAAUGGUGUCAGCAAUGCGUUUGUCGCAAGCGCUAACUUAGUCGUUAGCUCAUCGUCAGUAUCAGUUUCUGAUCCUGUCCUAGCUGCUAGACAAUCAGACAAGCUUGAUAUCGUUAGCGUCAAUCAAACAUUCAAUCUCUCAGUUGUCAUCGUUGAUAAAAUCUCCAAAGCUAAAAUCGGAAACAUUCAAUGGAGCAGUUUUACAUGGUCAGCCGUUGUUUCACUUUACAGUUCACUACAGUAUAAGAGAAAUGGGUCCUUAAUUCAAUCCCCAUCAUCAGCAAUUGUUGUUGAUACAACAGCGGGUACAAUAACAGCAACAAAUCUCGCAAUCGAUGCUGUUGGUAUGUAUAUCGUUAAAGUUGAACUGCGAUCAUCCAACAAUCUGUAUGUUAUUCCAAUGACAUCGAACGGUAUUCUCGUGAAGGAAGCAUCAACCGUCAUCCAAGUAUAUACUGGUUAUCCACCAUCAAAUAUUACAUUCAAAGGUGACUAUGACGAACUGGUAAACACUGGUCGCGAUGAAAUUACACGUGCGUCAAUUUACAAUCUUCUCAAAUACAAAUACGGAAUUCCAGUUGUCAGUGAUAUCGUCUUGAAGAAAGGUAGUGUCAUCGGUGGCUUCGAAGUUGCCGUGGAUAGUAUCAACGAUGCCGCUAAGACUCAAGCUGCUGUCCAAAGUUUGACAAGUGAUGAUACUGGAGCUAUCGACGGUCUUACAGUUCAAUUAGUAAACAUUGAAGGUAAAACAACAGUGGCCGCAUCAAGUGAAUCCGAUAACAGCAAAGUUGGAAUGAUCGUCGGUAUUGUUAUUGGCGUUCUUGGUGCAAUUGCAAUCGCCGCUGGCUCAGCAUUUGGUAUUCAUAAAUAUCAAGCGAAAAAGAAAGGUCAACGUCUUAUCAAUGCAAACGAUGAAGAAGCUUCCUUAUCCAAUAAUCAAUCAACACCAAAUAAUGCUAACGCACCACAAUCGAAUAACAAUGGUUCAAAUGUAACACGUCGUGCCUCAGUUACACCACCUGGUGUUUCACAAUCAACUAUUAAUGUUGGUCAACAAUCGUCGGCUAGUGGAAACCGAGCUGGAUCCGCUGGUAUCAGCGUUACUGGAAUCGAACUCGAAACUAAACCACUUGCUUCAAUGACACCUGUCCGAAUUCAAUGA